AUGGUGGGCAACUGUACAUCGAGGCAUACUUGUCGGAUCUGCCGCCGCAAGCAUCAUACUUUGGUUCAUGGCUCGUCGCAGCCAAUUCAAAAUGGCAACAACAUUGACACAGCAAGUGUUUACAGCCGCGAUCGACCAGCAGUCUCUAAUGCGGGAUCUACAAUUGGCCACAAUCAACCGCUAGCUCGAGGAGGUCAUCGCUUGGGAAGCGAGACUCCCGCGGAAAACAACUUUACGCAUCAUACUCUGGAGAAUAUUCCGGCGGCUGGUUCUCAGACUCUGUUGCCAACCAUCCUUGCUGACGUCAUCGACGCCUGGGGUAACACUACAACCUGCAGGCUGCUCUUGGACACUGGAUCUACAAUAACCUUGUCAUCGGAAUCAUUUGUUCAGCGAAUAGGCGUGCGUCGAACGCACGCACGGAUUUCUAUUCUCGGUCUCGCCGCCAACAGCGCGGGCGUUACCCGAGGACGCGCACAUAUCAAGCUGCGCUCUCGUCAUUCGGGCCAAACUGUCGAAUUGGUCUCGUUCAUUCUCAACUCGCUGACGUCAUCACUUCCUGCCCAAGUUAUUGACACCUCAUCCUCUACGUGGAGGCAAAUCUGCGAGCUUCCUUUGGCAGACCCAACGUUCUGCACACCUGGAGCAAUCGAUGUCAUUGUUGGAUCGGAUCAACUUUGGUCUCUAUACACAAGAGAUCGGAAACACUUUGGCUCUUACUCUGCAUUCGAUGAUCACCCUACUUCUGCGGUUACUCAUCACGCGGACCUAGACACGAUUGUUCGUUUAUUCAUGGAGAUGGACAGCAUUCAGCCUAACCAGGCUUUCCUGGACGCCAGCGAUCCCACAGAGCGUCAUUUUGCUGCCACACACAAGCGCUCGUCGGACGGGGUGUACGUCGUCGAGUAUCCCUUCAAGGAGAAGGCACCGCCUAUUGAUUCGACCUUGCCACAGGCCAUCAAUCGCUUCUUCUCGCUGGAACGCAAAUUUCGUCGGUAUCCAGAAUUGAAGCAGCAGUACGAAGCUUUUCUGGACGACUACUUGCAACGUGGACAUAUGGAACAACUGACCUCGGCUCAGGUUGAGGAGUCCCCAGACACCUGCUUCUAUUUGCCGCACCACGCUGUCAUCAAACUGGACAGUCUGACUACCAAAUGUCGUGUAGUUUUUGAUGGAUCAGGAAAGGACAGCUCUGGAGUAUCGCUCAAUGACAGACUACAUAUUGGUCCACCGAUUCAACGCGAUCUUCUUGGCGUUUGUCUACGCUUCCGGCAGCACCAAUAUGUUUUAUGUGCAGAUGUCGAAAAGAUGUUUCGAGGCAUUAAAAUCUUUAAGCCACACACCAAUUUUCAGCGCAUUGCUUGGCGCAAGACUGAGAAUGAACCUCUGCUUCAUUUUCGCCUGCUGACGGUUACCUACGGAUUAGCACCGUCACCAUUUCUGGCUGUUUGA